GUAUCUCCCUCCCCAGGUAAUGUGUGUUCUCCCUCCCCAGUCUCCCUCCCAGGUAAUGUGUGCCCCCCCUCCCCAGGUAAUGUGUGUUGUACCUCCCCAGGUAAUCAUAUCUUUGUGAACGUGGACCUGUCUGACCUGGCGAUAGGCCUGAUCCUGCUGGCUCUGUCUCUGCUGGUGCUGUGUUCCUGUCUCAUCCUCAUCGUCAAGCUGCUCAACUCCAUGCUGAAGGGACAGGUGGCCAUGGUCAUCAAGAAGGUGCUCAACACAGAUUUCCCUUUCCCCUUUGGCUGGGUGACUGGUUACAUCGCCAUCCUGGUCGGAGCUGGAAUGACCUUCAUCGUCCAGAGUAGUUCUGUCUUCACCUCCGCUAUCACUCCACUCGUUGGUAUUGGUGUGAUCAGCAUCGAGAGGGCGUACCCUCUGUCGCUAGGGGCCAACAUCGGCACGACGACCACGGCUAUACUGGCAGCCAUGGCAGCACCUGGAGACACACUGGCCAACGCUCUGCAGAUCGCUCUGAUUCACUUCGUGUUCAACGUGUCUGGUAUCAUCUUGUGGUAUCCAAUCCCCUUUACCCGUAUCCCCAUCCGAUUGGCUAAGGCCCUGGGUGACAUCACGGCAGAGUAUCGCUGGUUCGCCGGCGUCUACAUCAUUUCCUGCUUCUUUCUCCUGCCCCUCUUCGUCUUCGGCCUAUCGAUGGCCGGCUGGAAGGUGCUGGUUGGUGUGGGCGUUCCCAUAGUGGCCUUGUUGAUCAUCGUCAUUGUAGUGAACGUGCUUCAGGCACGGCUACCCAGGUGUCUCCCCGCGGUACUGCACUCCUGGGACUUCCUGCCUCUCUGGGCCCACUCCUUAGAACCCUGGGACCGCGUGGUCGCCGUGGUAGCAGCCAAAUGCUGCUGCUGCUGCAAGUGUUGCCAGACCGGACUGGAGGAGGAGGAGGAAGAGGAGAAAGGAGGAGGAGGGCAUUUCCUGGAGAUGUACGACAACCCUGCCAUGAUGAACGGUGUUGACUGGGGGGAAAAGAGGGAGGACAAAGAGGACGUCUUGAAAGCAACGCAGCUUUGAUUCUGUCGCGACACUUCGUAACUGCUUCGUAUAGGCAUUAUAACCCGUCUAUAAUGUGAUUAUGGUCUUAUGACUCUUCUAUAACAUGGUUAUAAAGGUGCUAUGUAGGGUUACAAAAUUCCAAUAACUAUUCCAAAAUUCCCUGUUUGUUUUCCCAGAAAUCCUGGUUAGAGGAUUCCCAGAUGUCCUGGUUAUUUCCUCAUAAUUCCAGG